CACAUUUCUUAUCUUCCCCAUUCUUCCCUUCCUACCUCCUCCUCUGUUGCCACACGCUAGAUCCCCCAUCCACAGCCGGCACUCUCUGGUGGCCGCCCCUCCCAUUCGUUACCAUUGUCGGCGGACACGUAGGCCCAUGCUCUUCCCCGCCCCGCCCCUUCUUCAUAUCCGAUCCCCGAAGUGCUCGAGGAGGCGCUCGAGCUCGGCAUGCUCGCCGGCGACACCGGGGCCCUCCCUCCUCCUGAUGCAUUCUUCGUCGCCGCCAUGAGCGUCUCCACCUUAUCCCGCGCGCCAUGAAUCCUCCCUCCCCCCCUGCUCGAGACGCCAUCAAGUCUGGAGCAGGAGCAGCUGCUGCUCACGACCUCCAGUUCCUUCUUUCCAUGGAUGUGCUGCUGCUCGGGGCCCUCCCUAUGCUUCUCCUCGCUCGUACGGGUCCAGGGUUAGCUGCUCAGGAGCCAUGGUGUGUUCCGUGUGGCGCUGCCUUCGUGGCCGCAGUCGUUGUUGUGUCUCGUGUGUCGCGGCAGCCAAUGGGGUCGGGAAGGUCUGAGACUGGAGGUCCCUGCUCGCCAACUCACAGACGCCCUGAAUGGUUCAGAUUUUCUGAAGGAGAAGGAGGUGCCGAAAGGGGAUGGGAGCAACAAGAGUCUGAAUCUAAGAGAACUGAUAGCAUGUCCUGCCAUGAGGAAUUUGAAGCGGUCAGAAGACAUAAGAGCCGGGUCCUAAACUAUGUUAAGGCCAUGCUGAUGUGUAAGAGUUUGCGGGUGACAUCCUCCAUGGCAAUCAUAUUCCCUCCAACAUCCUUCAGGCCAUGGCGACCAGGUCAAAGAAGUCGAACCUGAAGAAGUGCAGGGAAGAAUUAUAGUUGCGUGUGGCUGGCUGGUUCAGGGGAAUUUCAGGGCGGGCGCGGCGGCGCGGGUGCCGGAGCAGGCUCCUAGGCACUGGCAAUCUGUCGGACGGAUAUUAGAAACGAAGGUGAGGUUGUAUCUUGUUAGGUGGGUCUUCAUUGGCCGUCGAAAUCAUACCUGGCCAAUCUGAUGGGGCCGCCGUCGAAAUCAUACCUGGCCAAUCUGAUGGGGCUGCCUACUGCUCCAGAACUCAUGCAGAUGAUGCAUAAUAAUCUUGUUGUAGCCUGGCCGAUCCGUGAAUAUUUGAUUGUAGGUGAAGGAGGAGCGGCCGCCCACUCGACGGUGCGGUGUAGGGCGGCGAGGGAGGCCGGCAGGGAGGCCUCAAUGCGGUGCAGGACGGCGAGGGAACCGUCCAGCGAGGCGACGAUGCGAUGCAGGGAUCCAGGCCGCCGUGCAGGGAGGCGACAAGACUGCUGAGCUUCGUCUGGGGCGGUGGCGAGGAAAGGCAGGGAGUGGGGCCAGGGACACGAUUAGGUUCGGUUUCCUUUUUUGCGAGUUGGUUAGAUGGUUAGAUUAGCGUGAUUUGAGGGGCUAUGGAUGUGGGACGGAGAGUUUCAUAUUUUCCUCUUGUGGAGUACGGUCAGUCUAUUGAAACUGCUAAGCGCAUACCAGAUCUUGAAUAAAUUAAUGAUGACUGUUGGAUUGGGUCA